GCGGACCGCGCACUUCAGGCGGCAGAGCAGGACGUGACACAUCUCCUCCCUGGUAAAGAGGCAGCGGGCUCUCCAGCGAACCCAUCGCCGACCGAUAAGGCCGACAGCGAUGAGGUCGAUUUCGACGCCGACGAGGCCCGACCAGCGGCCUCGCCGCUGUUUGCCGAAGACGCAAAGGGUACAGCCGAGCAGGAAGGCAGUUUCUUCCCACCUUCGCUCGACGCAGCUGGCGACGCGGCCGACGACGGCCCUCCCGACGACCCCCUGAACCUCUUCGGGCAAGCUGCGGCGGGCGGGGGCAGGGCCGAGCCGUCCAGCGAGGCGCCGGCCGAGGGUGCGGCCCACGGUCCCGAACGCGGCUCUGCUGAGGCCCGGGGAAGCAGCGGCUCGCAGCGCAGGAGACACAGCAGGGCAGCCAGCCGUGCCUUCGACGAUCUCGUUGACCCCGUGGACGGAGGCCGCAUGUACGAGGAGGUGCUGAGCAACGUUGACCUCGACAG